UUAAUGUAACGUUCAAAUUUUUUUUCGCCUUUUCGGAUAUUUAGGGUUUUACGUUUUCUGAAAUGUUAUUUGUUUUUCUCUGAAGGCGGAGGAAGGUUUCGGCGGUGCAGAAAUUUAAAUUAGCUUAAUGGUAGCGUACAGAAAGUUGGUUCGUUACAGCACAGUGGGUGCAGGAGCAGCGGCCAUUACGCUUGUCUUCUCGCAAACCAAGUAUCCGCAAGAUGUUUUAGGCAAUUCCAAUGUGGGUCGAAUUUUAAAUGCCCCACUCGAAGCUUCCCUCACUGCUUGUCAAGGAGUUGUUCGCUCGUCUCGUGCAGUAUAUACAUUCACUGUAAAUACUCUUGAUUACAAGUAUUCGUUGCGAGGUUAUGACCAUAAAUCAGAGGAUUACUAUAGAGUCCGAUCUCAGGUUCAUCUUCGUGCAGCUAAGAGAAUUUUAAAGCUAUGCGAGUCAAAUAAAGGUUUCUACCUCAAAGCUGGCCAGUUUGUUGCAUCCAUGCAACAUGUGCCCAAAGAAUAUACUUCAACACUUUCAACAUUACAGGACCAGGCAAUACCCUAUCAAAUAGAGGCCAUAAAGCAUGUAUUUGUUGAUAAUUUUGGCAAAGAUCUCUCUGAAAUAUUUGUUACAUUUGAUGAACAGCCAAUAGCUGCAGCCUCAAUUGCUCAAGUGCAUCAUGCAACAUUGGCUGAUGGUCAGGAAGUAGCAGUUAAGGUAGGCCACUGUUUUAAGCAAAUAGGGGGCAAGACAAAAGAGGAGGAUGGAGGUAUGCGUCCUUGGUCUAAUGAGAAACCUAAUUUCAAAACUUAUCACUUGUAUUAUGCAAAUAAACUCGUGGAAAAUACUUCAAAUUUCAAACAUUAUAGGUGUUGAAUGUUGAGGGUGUCAUAAUGAUUUGCAAAUCAGAACAUAAUAUUUUAACAAAAAUAAGCAAUCAAGCACAACAUGACAAACCACCAAGAGUAGAGGCAAAACAAGUUUAUGAGUCGAAAACCCUAAAAGGGUGAACAAACACUCUGAAAAUAAGUUUCAUUAAGCCUCACUAGUUACAAAUUGUAUGCCUCACUAGUUACAAAUUGUAUGCCUCACUGGCAGACCACCAUGCUUCACUGGCAAAACACCAUGCGUCACUGGCAACUCAAUAUGCCUCUUUGGCUAAACAACAUCACUUCAGAAGAAAGUAGCAAAACUCAGAGGGUUACUUUGUUUCCAUAAAAUUCACUGCUCUAUCUCCGUACCGACAAAACAACAAACACCAUGAACAAAUAGUCAUUGAACAGUGAACAAUGAAAAUUUCGCAUCAACCUCUACACAAUUCUUGACUGUUAUCCUUCUUUGAAUGCAUAUUCAGAAUACUAUCUCUGUCACCUCAUUCACACAGUUAUUAGUGAAAAGGGAAGACACUGCGAUGCAGAGUCACUACACAACACCUUUAUAAUCUGUUAUUUAAACCUGCUUCUUUGUGCUACUUUGGCAAAAAUGGUGUCAAGGUUUUCAACCAAUUCUCACACAGAGCCCUUACUUUCUAUCACACUUCCAUCUCUUGUGAACAUGUUCAUGCCACACCAAUCUAUGCAGAAAACACACACAACUCAUGGAUGUGAUGGAAAACAAUGGAAAACAAAGGCAUCGGAGAAUUCUUUGAUGCUCUGUUACUCACGUCUCCUUUUCCCUAUGUAUCUGUAUUGUUCCCUAGUCCCAUUGUAUGUGAUUUGGGUUUGAUGUCUUUAAAUUCGAUUGGCAAGGACUAAAUCUUAUACUCUAAAAGAUUUUGGAUAGUAACAAUAUGCUUAUUGCAAAUGUCAACUCAUUAUUAAUGCAAUGGCAACAGUUGUUUGCAAUGAUUAUCCGAAUAGCCAAUCGCCUGGAACAAUAAGAUCAAUUACUGUCCUGAUAAUAUGGGUUAUUCUUUGAUAUAUUCUUUAAGAUCAUGUGACUACUUUGUAUAGGUCUGCUUACUAAAAGCUUUGGAACCUCUUUGCUUUAUCUGCUUUAAGUCUUUAUAGAUGUGCAGCCGGCCAUGGAGCUCUUCUUGAUUUGCAUAUAAGAAAUGUAUGCUUUUAUAUUUUGAUGUUUGCUAUUCAAUUGAUCUUUUCAGAAUUUAAAGUUAUAUAAAAUAUCAAAUCUUCAUGAUCUAAAGCAACAAUUAGUCUAUUUCAUGAAUUUUUUUUUCUUUGUGGAUUUGCGAUGCUAAAUGAAUGAGUGGAAGGAAGGAUUCCUUA